AUGGGAAGAGGCAGAGGAGUUGCGGCUCUGAAACCCACUGCGGCGGUUGCGACGGCGGAGGUAAACGGAUCAGGGCCGAUGCCAGUAUUGAAGGAAGUUAGAUACCGCGGCGCGAAGAAGAGAUCGUGGGGAAGAUUCGCCACCGAAAUCAGAGACCCAUUGAAGAAAGCAAGGGUUUGGCUCGGAACCUUCGAUUCCGCCGAGGACGCCGCACGCACUUACGACGCCACCGCAAGAACACUUCGGAGACUAAAAGCCAAUACCAAUUUUCCUCGCCGCUCAGGAUCCAGCCCUCAAUGUAGAAUUGCAGCUUCGCCAGCGCCACUUGCUGCGAUAGGAGAUUCAACCCUCCGCCGCCCUGGAUGGCAACUUUCUCUUCGGCCAAAGUCGCUUCCUCCAUAUCCUGUGAAAUUAAAUUUGUGCUCUGUUGUUGGUGAAUAUGUCGCUGAAUUGCUUUGUUCUUCAUCUGAAUCUGGAAUAUUGGUUGAAAAUGCAAAAGGGGAUUAA